CUUUUCUCUACCAGUUUCUUAUUGUAGCCUUGAUCUGGGUGCUCUGGAAACAUCUAAAAUGUUCAUGUAGCAGCUCUUUUUGGGGAGAAAGUUGAGGUCAGAGGGCAUCUUAGCCAAGAGAAACCUUUUGGAUCUACCCGGACAAAAACAAGAUAAGAGAAUAUUUCUCUUGUAUGAGACGCAAAGAAUUCCUGUGAACCAUGAAGCGCAGUAAGCACCGUGGACACAAGGAGGACAGAAACGGAGAUGAACCUGCCAUUUUGGAGACACAGAAUCUAGAUCGUAAUGGCAUGUUACUGGGAGGAGGCCUGGACCCCGACACCAUCUCUCUGGCCUCAGUCACAGCUGUCACCACAAAUGUAUCUAACAAAAGAUCCAAGCCCGAUAUCAAGAUGGAGCCCAGCUCUGGAAGACCAGUGGAUUACCAAGUCAGUGUGACUGUGAUUGAAGCCAGGCAGCUGGUGGGCCUGAACAUGGAUCCAAUGGUCUGUGUAGAGAUUGGAGAUGAUAAAAAGUACACCUGCAUGAAGGAAUCAACUAACUGUCCUUACUACAAUGAAUAUUUUGUGUUCGACUUCCACAUUCCUCCAGAUGUGAUGUUCGACAAAAUCCUGAAAGUGUCUGUGAUCCACUCCAAAAAUCUCCUGCGCAGUGGAACACUAGUUGGGACUUUUAAGAUGGAUGUUGGCACGAUUUACUCCCAGCCAGAACAUCAGUUUUACCAUAAAUGGGCCCUGCUGUCCGACCCGGAGGACAUCACAGCAGGAUGUAAAGGCUACGUUAAAUGUGACGUUGCAGUCGUGGCUAAAGGAGACACGAUCAAAACUCCACACAAGGCCAAUGAAUCUGAUGAGGAUGACAUAGAGGGUAAUUUGCUGCUGCCAGACGGGGUGCCCUCAGAGCGACAGUGGGCUCGAUAUUACCUAAAGAUCUACAAAGCAGAGGGUCUCCCCAGGAUGAACACCAGCCUCAUGGCCAACGUGAAGAAGGCCUUCAUUGGAGAAAAUAAGGACUUGGUUGAUCCUUAUGUCCAAGUGCAUUUUGCUGGGCAGAAGGGGAAAACGUCCGUUCAGAAGAGCUGCUAUGAGCCCAUCUGGAACGAGCAAAUCAUUUUUACGGAGAUGUUUCCACCACUGUGCAAACGCAUGAAGAUCCAGAUCCGUGACUCGGACAAAGUGAAUGAUGUGGCUAUAGGAACACACUUCUUAGAUCUCAAGAAGAUUUCCAACGAUGGGGACAAAGGCUUCCUCCCCACCCUGGGCCCAGCCUGGGUGAACAUGUAUGGCUCCACUCGAACCUACACCCUGAUGGACGAGUACCAGGAGUUAAACGAAGGGCUCGGUGAAGGCGUGUCCUUCAGGGCCCGUUUGCUCAUCAGCCUGGGAGUAGAGAUCCUUGACCCCUCCUCGCCUGACAUUACCAGCUCCACGGACGUGCAGGUGGAGGGAGUGCCCAACAUCUCAGAGAGUGCUACGGGGAAAGUUGAGGAUUUUUUUCUCUUUGGGUCUUUCUUGGAGGCCACAAUGAUCGACAGAAAGAUUGGCGAUAAGCCGAUCAACUUCGAGGUCACCAUAGGUUACUAUGGAAACGAGAAUGAUGGAGAUAUCCAAGCGAAAACAACGGGGAAGAAAAGCGAUGGUGAUGAGGAGGAAACUGAAUUGAUCCACAACUCCAGCGACGAGGAGCUGGACGAUGCUGGAGACCUGACUUCAGUUGCAGCAUCUCCUCCCAUGAAACCUGUCAUCACAGACGGAAACUACUUCCAUCUGCCUUACUUCGAGAGGAAGCCGUGCAUUUACAUCAAGAGUUGGUGGCAGGAUCAGAGGAGAAGACUCUACAACGCCAAUAUUAUCGACAACAUCGCUGAUAAACUGGAGGACGGCCUGAACGACGUGCACGAGAUCAUCAAAACAGAGAAGACCUACCCUGAACGCAGACUGAGAGGCGUUCUUGAAGAGCUCAGCCAAGGAUGCAGUCAGUUUCUUUCAUUGGCCAACAAGGACCAGAAUCAGUCUGGCAGAACCAAACUGGACAGGGAGAGACUAAAGCUGUGCUUGUCCGAAGUGGAGGCCAUAGGUCAACAAGCUAAGGCCAUGAGGACGCAGGUGAAGAAAAGCACCGUGAGAGAGAAACUCAAGUUGGCUCAGAACUUUCUUUCAAAGCUGCGCUUCCUGGCUGAUGAACCUCAGCACAGUGUUCCUGAUGUUUUCAUUUGGAUGAUCAGUAACGGGAAGCGCAUCGCUUACGCCCGCGUCCCUUCCAAAGACAUCCUUUACUCCAGCAUCGACGAGGAGAAGGGAAAAGACUGUGGCAAAGUUAAAACUAUCUUCCUCCGGAUUCCUGGUAAAAAAGGUUUUGGACCUGCUGGAUGGACCGUCCAGUCCAAAAUAGAGAUUUAUCUGUGGCUGGGUCUGAGUAGGCAGCGCAAAGAUUACCUGAGUGGACUGCCCAACGGAUUUGAGGAAAAUAAGUUGUCCAAAGGGCCCGGUCUGCCAUCUUCACCUCCCAUCAGCCUCACCUACAUGAUGAAACAGAUCUUCCAGUUGAGGGUCCACAUGUACCAAGCUCGCAGCCUGUUUGCUGCUGACAGCACAGGUCUGUCCGAUCCUUUUGCAAGAGUUUUCUUCUCAACUCAGAGCCAGGUUACCGAGGUGCUGUCUGAGACUCUGUGCCCUACGUGGGACCAGCUGCUGGUGUUUGAGAACGUGGAGCUGUUCGGAGAGGCCAGCGAGCUGAGAGACGACCCCCCGAUUAUUGUCAUUGAACUCUAUGAUCAGGACACAGUGAGUGUGGAUUGCCUUGAUGGGAAAGCUGAUUUCAUGGGAAGAACCUUUGCUAAGCCCGUGGUGAAAAUGGCCGACGAGCACUACGGGCCACCGCGCUUCCCCCCUCAGCUGGAGUACUAUCAGAUCUAUCGUGGGAACGGUGCUGCUGGAGAAAUGCUGGCAGCCUUUGAGCUGCUUCAGAUCGGCCCCAAUGGAAAAGCAGACCUUCCCCCCAUUGAUGGCCCCACAGACAUGGACCGUGGCCCGAUCCUGCCUGUACCACUGGGGAUCAGACCAGUACUCAGCAAAUACAGAAUUGAGGUUUUGUUCUGGGGAUUGAGGGACUUGAAGCGAAUAAAUCUUGCCCAGGUGGAUCGGCCUCGUGUGGACAUUGAAUGUGCAGGAAAAGGACUGCAAUCUGCUCUCAUUCAAAACUACAAGAAGAACCCCAACUUCAGCACACUAGUCAAGUGGUUUGAAGUGGAUUUGCCAGAGAAUGAGCUGCUUCACCCACCGCUGAACAUUCGAGUGGUGGACUGCAGAGCUUUUGGCCGCUACACUUUGGUCGGCAACAACGCUGUGACCAGCCUGAGGAAGUUCAUCUACAGGGGGGCAGAUAAGCAGGCCAAUAACUGGUCCACAACAGAGGAAAUUGUUGUUGUCAGCAUGGAAACUGAGCCUGCCUUCAAGAAGAUGGAAACUGUAGUCAAACUAGACUCUGGCUCUGAAGCUGUGGUCAAGGUGGAGGAUGAUGACAAGGAUGAAAAGGGUAAAAAGAAGAAGAGGAAGAAGGGCGAUGAACCUGAAGAGGAGGAACUUGAUGAGAGCAUGUUGGACUGGUGGUCCAAAUAUUUUGCGUCCAUUGAAACAUUGACUGAAGCUCUGAAAGCACAAGAAGCAGCUCUCUCAGAUACGGAGGAAAAAGACGACAUGGAUGUUACAGAUCGAGGAGACAUCAAGCCUGAGGACGCUCCUGCCAAAGGUGGCAAGAAAGGAAAAGGAAAGAAGGAUAAGAAGAAACUGCCAGUUGAGACGUUUGGAAAGAAAAAGCCAAAGCUGGAUGAGCUGAAGGUGUAUCCAAAGGAGCUGGAAAGUGAGUUUGAUGGCUUUGAGGACUGGCUGCACACUUUCAACCUGUUCAGAGGGAAAGGUGGCGAUGAUGACGACCAGAACGUGACGGAUGAGGACAGGAUUGUUGGAAAGUUUAAAGGCUCCCUGUGUGUGUACAAAGUGUCGGAUGAUGCGUCCAGAGACACGAACUUCGACUCCAACAUGGGAAUGUUUCAGAACAUUCCCAGCAACGACCCCAUCAAUGUUCUUGCCCGCAUUUAUGUCAUCAGGGCUACAGAUCUGCAUCCGGCAGACAUAAAUGGGAAAGCCGACCCCUACAUCGCAAUCCGACUGGGAAAAACCGAGAUCAAAGAUAAAGAGAACUACAUUUCAAAGCAGCUGAACCCUUUGUUUGGCAAAUCCUUUGACGUGGAGGCCACAUUCCCAAUGGAUUCCACUCUGACGGUGUCGAUCUAUGACUGGGACCUGGUGGGGACCGACGAUCUGAUAGGAGAGACCAAGCUGGACCUGGAGAACCGCUUCUACAGCAAGCACAGAGCUACAUGUGGCAUAGCAUGCAACUACGCCAUGUAUUGGUUGAAAGGACAGCAGGAGGACAAACAGGACACGGACGUCCACUACCACUCCAUCACCGGAGAGGGCAACUUCAACUGGCGCUUCGUCUACCCCUUCGACUACCUCAUGGCAGAGGAGAAGAUCGUCAUCUCCAAGAAGGAGUCCAUGUUUGCCUGGGAUGAAACCGAGUACAAGAUUCCUCCUCGACUUAAUCUGCAAGUGUGGGACGCCGAUCACUUCUCAGCCGAUGAUUUCCUGGGUGCGAUUGAACUGGACCUGAAUCGUUUCCCACGUGGGGCAAAGACCCCCAAGCAGUGCACCAUUGAAAUGGUGACCAACGAAGCUGAGAUGCCCAUGGUCUCCAUCUUCAAGCAGAAGAGGAUCAAAGGCUGGUGGCCCUUCGUGGCCAGAAACGAGGAUGACGAGUUUGAGCUCACAGGUAAAGUGGAAGCUGAGCUGCACCUUCUGACAGGAGAGGAGGCCGAGAAAAGCCCGUGUGGCGAGGGCCGGAACGAACCAGAACCUCUGGAGAAACCCAACCGCCCAGAUAUCGCCCUCCUCUGGUUCCUGAUCCCGCUCAAAGCUGCGAAGCACCUGGUGUGUGACCAGUACAGGUGGCUGACCAUCAAGAUCGUCACGGCUCUGCUGCUGCUGGCCAUCCUGGGGCUGUUCCUCUACAACAUGCCCGGCUACAUGGUGAAGAAAAUGCUGGGAGCUUGA